GGGGGCUGCCGGGAUCGGAGCGCCGCCGGGAGCGGAGCGCCGCAUUCUCGCUCGCCUCGGCGGCGCUGCUCCGCGCGGCCGGGCUCACCUCCGCGGGGCAUGUCCGCGCUGCUCUCGCCGCGCGCCUGCGACUGCUAGCUUCUCGGGCGCUUCCUGCACGCGGGGCCCCGCACCUGGCCCCGAAGCCCGGCUCUCGCUGUGCUCGCGGACCGCCGCCGUCAUGGGGCUGCAGCCCCUGGAGUUCAGCGACUGCUACCUCGAUAGCCCGUGGUUCCGGGAGAGGAUCCGUGCCCACGAAGCGGAGCUGGAGAGGACCAACAAGUUCAUCAAAGAGCUCAUCAAGGACGGCAAGAACCUCAUCGCGGCGACCAAAAGUCUUUCGGCAGCCCAGCGGAAGUUUGCUCAUUCACUCAGAGACUUCAAAUUUGAGUUUAUCGGCGAUGCAGAGACUGAUGAUGAACGCUGCAUAGAUGCUUCGUUACGUGAAUUUUCUAAUUUUUUGAAGAAUCUGGAAGAACAGAGAGAAAUUAUGGCAUUAAGUGUCACCGAAACCCUGAUUAAACCGUUGGAAAAAUUCAGAAAAGAGCAACUUGGAGCCGUCAAGGAAGAAAAAAAGAAGUUUGACAAAGAGACAGAAAAGAACUAUAGUGUAAUUGAUAAACAUUUGAAUUUAUCAGCAAAAAAGAAAGACUCACAUUUACAAGAGGCAGAUAUCCAAGUGGAACAGAACCGGCAACACUUUUACGAACUGUCUCUUGAAUACGUGUGUAAGCUUCAGGAAAUCCAAGAAAGGAAGAAGUUUGAGUUCGUGGAACCCAUGCUGUCAUUUUUUCAGGGAAUGUUUACUUUCUAUCAUCAAGGCCAUGAACUUGCCAAAGACUUCAAUCACUACAAAAUGGAACUACAGAUCAACAUUCAGAAUACACGGAAUCGUUUUGAAGGAACAAGGUCAGAAGUGGAAGAGCUUAUGAACAAGAUUAGACAGAAUCCCAAGGACCACAAACGAGCAAGUCAGUUCACAGCGGAAGGCUACCUGUAUGUACAGGAAAAAAGGCCUCCUCCGUUUGGUUCCAGCUGGGUCAAACACUACUGCAUGUAUCGGAAAGCGGCCAAGAAGUUCAACAUCAUUCCGUUCGAGCACAGAUCUGGGGGGAAACUAGGGGAUGGAGAGGUGUUCUUUUUGAAAGAAUGUACCAGAAGACAUACUGACUCCAUCGACAGAAGGUUUUGUUUUGAUGUAGAAGCUGCUGACCGGCCUGGAGUUUCUUUGACCAUGCAGGCGUUUUCGGAAGAGGAGAGGAAGCAGUGGUUGGAAGCUCUGGGUGGAAAAGAAGCUCUGUUCCCUAGUUUCAAUAGAGCCAUCAUCCCAAGACCAGAAGGAAGUGCACAGUUGGAUAAGAUGGGAUUCACAAUUCUUAGAAAAUGCAUCAGUGCAGUUGAAACACGAGGUAUAAACGACCAAGGAUUGUACAGAGUUGUGGGGGUGAGUUCAAAGGUCCAGAGACUUCUGAGUAUGUUGAUGGAUGUGAAAACCUGCAAUGAGGUGGACCUGGAGAAUUCUAUAGAUUGGGAAGUGAAGACAAUAACAAGUGCCCUGAAACAGUAUUUGAGGAGUCUUCCAGAGCCGCUGAUGACCUAUGAAUUACACGGAGACUUCAUUGUUCCAGCCAAAAGCGGCAGCCCAGAAUCUCGUGUUAACGCUAUCCAUUUCUUGGUACACAAACUGCCGGAGAAAAAUAAAGAAAUGUUGGAUAUUUUGGUGAAACACUUAACUAAUGUUUCAAAUCACUCCAAGCAGAACCUCAUGACCGUGGCAAAUUUAGGAGUGGUGUUUGGACCAACUCUGAUGAGGCCACAGGAAGAAACUGUUGCUGCCAUCAUGGAUUUGAAGUUUCAGAAUAUUGUCGUGGAAAUUUUAAUUGAAAACCAUGAAAAGAUUUUUAGGACCCUGCCUGAUGCCACACUGCCUGACCCAGUCACCCUGUCAGCGUCACCCCCAAAUGCUCCACCAAGGCAAUCGAAGAGACAGGGCCAGAGGACUAAGAGACCCGUGGCUGUAUAUAAUCUUUGUCUUGAACUGGAAGAUGGUGACCGUCCCAAUCUUCCUAAGGAGGACACUCCUCCCAACAGCCUGGACUCAUUUUCCUCCCCAUCUCCCACGGCUGCCGCUGCCCAUGGGCCCCCUGGACCAGACAAAAACCACCUCCUUGCAGAUGGGGGUACCUUUGGGGACUGGGCAUCCACUGCCCCAAGCCAGGCCCGAUCAUCCACGGUCCAGUGGCUUAACCCUCAGGCACCAACCACACCGAGCUGCAACACAGCGGUUACACCUCCUUCACCCAAGCUGGCGUCUUUCCCCCUCUCUCUUCCUGCCACCGUAGCGGACAAGCCACCUGAAAGCGUCAUCAAUCGGAAGGCCCGGGCAGUGUACCCGUGUGAAGCAGAACACAGCUCGGAAUUGUCUUUUGAAAUAGGAGCGAUUUUUGAGGAUGUGCAAACCUCAAGAGAACCUGGCUGGCUGGAAGGGACUUUGAAUGGCAAGAGGGGCCUGAUUCCACAGAAUUACGUCAAGCUGCUGUAGCCACUGGCCCGUGAGGGCCCCGCUGCAGACCCUGGCCCCCGAGGACCUGCCUGUGGGGUGUGAGCACCGUCUUCCCCCCGGGUGAACCCACGGCCACCUGGACACACGGCAAUGACAGAUCACAGACUGGCACUCCGGGGAGGGUGUGUGUGUGUGGAAUACUGCUAGACGUGGGGGGAGAGGGGACGCACGGCACAGACCUGCAUAGGGCUGUGCGGAUAUGUGCAGCGGGAGAAGGAUGUCCAGGUUAACAGAAUGGACUUUGCAUUCUCAAGCCUUGGGACUCGUGAGCUUUAAUUUUCCCGUCUACAGAGCGAGAGGAAGGGCAGCCUUCCGCCGGCCCGCCUCCCCACUGGCGGCCACACCACUGGACACCCCACCCGCGCACCUGAAAGGGAACUGCGUUUGCAGGAUGUGCCCUUAACUCUGGUGUCGUGGAGGGGCUGCCGCGGGCGGGCGGUGCAUUGGUCUAAACCCAGAGGGCAGCGGACAGAGGCUCCUUGCCCUAUGGACAGCUGCCCUGGGGACCCCACGCUCACUGGACUUAGGGCACCGGCGGACUCACAACAGGCUUUCUCCUCCAUGCUGCUCACCUGUGUGCUGUUUCCCCAACCACCACCUUUCAGCCCCGAGCUCUCUGUACAUGAAAUAAAAUAUAAUUUACUAUUGGA